UGAAGUGAGAGUGGCUCUGGAAAAUGAGAGCCAUCACUUCUCUGAACUUGCUGUCCUAUGGGACAAAUCAAAUUUUUGCAUCAGAAGGAGCCCGUAAGGAAGAGAAGCUCUCUGGAUUCUGUGUGCUUUCUCUUUCCAGUUAGUGUAUAGUUGUGUUUCGAGCUUGGAGCACUGAUUUCUGUAAAGAUUAACAUACUUCUGCAGUUAUUGGAUUAAUAUUAGCAGCAAUAUGUUUCUGAAAAUUAGCUUUUCAGCAUGAAUGUGAAAGAGUUCCUAGCCAAAGCCAAAGAAGACUUUUUAAGAAAAUGGGAAAGCCCACCUCAGAAUACUGCUGGCCUAGAUGAUUUUGAGAGGCAAAAAACUCUUGGAACAGGAUCAUUUGGGAGAGUUAUGAUGGUGAAGCAUAAAGCCACAGAACAGUAUUAUGCCAUGAAGAUACUGGACAAACAAAAGGUUGUCAAGCUGAAGCAGAUAGAACACACACUGAAUGAAAAGAGAAUAUUACAAGCAGUGAACUUCCCUUUCCUUGUAAAACUGGAGUAUUCUUUUAAGGACAAUUCUAAUUUAUACAUGGUAAUGGAGUAUGUUCCUGGUGGUGAAAUGUUCUCACAUCUAAGAAGAAUCGGAAGGUUCAGUGAACCACAUGCACGGUUUUAUGCAGCUCAGAUAGUGCUAACAUUUGAGUACCUCCAUUCAUUAGACCUCAUCUACAGAGAUCUAAAGCCUGAAAAUCUUUUAAUUGAUCAGCAAGGAUACAUCCAGGUCACGGACUUCGGCUUUGCAAAAAGAGUAAAAGGAAGAACUUGGACGUUAUGUGGGACUCCAGAAUACCUGGCACCUGAAAUAAUUCUCAGCAAGGGUUACAACAAGGCAGUGGAUUGGUGGGCAUUAGGAGUGUUAAUCUAUGAAAUGGCAGCUGGAUAUCCCCCAUUCUUUGCAGAUCAACCCAUUCAAAUUUAUGAGAAGAUUGUUUCUGGCAAGGUAAGGUUCCCAUCACACUUCAGUUCAGACCUAAAGGAUCUUCUAAGAAAUUUACUCCAGGUAGAUUUGACCAAACGAUAUGGAAAUCUCAAGAAUGGUGUAAAUGACAUAAAGAACCACAAGUGGUUUGCGACUACAGAUUGGAUUGCCAUUUAUCAGAGAAAGGUAGAAGCUCCAUUCAUACCAAAGUGCAGAGGCCCUGGAGAUACCAGCAACUUUGAUGACUAUGAAGAAGAAGAUAUUCGUGCGUCUCUAACAGAAAAAUGUGCAAAAGAAUUUGCUGAUUUUUAGUAGGAGUAGGAGGACAAGAUGACAUCAGGGCUCACAUUGGGAUCUUUGCACUCUGUUAUCAGAUGAGGUGGAGCUGAGACCAUCAUAUGUCAAAACAGUUACCUAGUUACUUCAUUCCACAAAGCUGACUGAGGUCUUUAUUGCCAUCUUCCAUGUGUGCGGUUUGCACCAACCCUUCUAACUAGGCACAAUUAAGCAAGCACUGUUUGUGCAGUAACACAGAAUAAUAGACCACUUUCCUACUUAACUUUGGUUUCUGUCGUUCUUUGUUUCUGUGUAUUGUUCAUUUUUCCCCUUUAAAAUGAAGUAGUUUUUUACCCAAGAAUGCUCCAUUUUAUUUUGAAUAAUGUAUUAUUUGUGUGAGUGAAAUGGAAGGUGUUGCGGCUAGUGUGAUUUAGACUGAAGUGAAAGGUAAAUGUUGCUUCUAGUCUGUGCCAGCCAAUAAUUCUUGUCUGUCUCGUGUCUGAUGCUACAAUUUAUAAUAAUUUUUUAGUAGCUCAGACUAAACCUAGCCAACAUUUUUAGCGUUUUUGAAGGUAGUAUUUAUCGCCAUAUAAAUGUCUGCUAAAUUAACUUUAAAAUGUUUCUUCCUGGGGACUGACCAAAAUUCAGUAGAAUCAAUUGGAAGGCUUAAGUAGGAGACAGUAGCUAGACCCCGUGCCUUGGUUUUCUACAUCCCUGCGGUUUUCGUCACUGCCUCCUUCCUUUGUAUUUCCACCUAGGCAGUAGGUCAAUUGCCAUAACCAGACUGUACCACCGAAAGCUUACAGUCUCAAGAGAGGGAGUAAUUCCAUCUGGUCUGGAUUUUGGACCAUAUUUAACCAAGUCAACUUACCAGCAUUUCAGUUGGCCAUAUGAAAUGACUUUUUAAAGAACAUUAACCCUAAACUCUUAAAGGAAGUUUUGGUCAGUAUUGUAGAGAAUGACUCUUUUUUUUUUUUUUUUUUUUCUUAG